AAACACUUACUUUCUCUUAAAAUAAAAAAAGAAAUUUGGAACUUUAGAGGAAAUGUAAUUCUUUUUUUCAUUGUUAUUUUAGGUGACAUCACUCAAAAAGGAUAUGAAAAGAAAAGGGCAAAGCUGCUGGCACGCUAUAUUCCACUUAUUCAAGGCGCAGACCCGUGUCUGCCCUCUCUGACCACAGCUGCACCCAAACCACAGAGGUCCAGGCCUACGAACUCCAGGGACGAGCGCUUCCGCUCAGAUGUCCACACUGAAGCUGUGCAGGCAGCUUUGGCCAAAUACAAAGAGAGAAAGAUGCCUAUGCCUUCGAAAAGACGAUCCGUCCUCGUGCAUUCAUCUGUGGAAACCUACACCCCUCCAGACACAUCAUCUGCCUCAGAAGAUGAGGGCUCUUUACGGCGACCCGGGCGACUUACCUCCACUCCGCUCCAGAGCCAUCCCAGCGUCGAGCCCUGGCUCGACAGGGUCAUUCAGGGCUCGUCCACCUCAUCCUCUGCAUCUUCCACCUCAUCUCACCCGGGAGGGAGACCCGCUGCCGCACCCAGCGCCACCACCACUGUACUCGCGGGCCUCGCGGCCCACACCCACAUAGAUCUGCACCCUGCUCCUCCUGAUGUCACCACCGGGCUAGUGGAGCACUCGCACUAUGAGCGACCACAGGUGGCUUCUGUGAGAGGUGUUCCUCGGGGGUACAGUGGGAGCAUCCUGGAAACAGCAGAUGGUGUCCCUGUGAACAGCAGAGUGUCCUCUAAAAUCCAGCAGCUGUUGAACACCCUGAAGAGGCCAAAACGCCCUCCUUUGAAGGAGUUCUUUGUGGAUGAUUUUGAGGAAUUGUUGGAAGUCCAACAGCCAGAUCCAAACCAGCCAAAGCCUGAGGGAGAUGAAAUGGCAGUACUAAGAGGGGAGCCUCUGGCAAUGGGGACCCCCUGGCCACCAUCUUUGCUGGGUGCCCUGCAGUGCUGGGGCACAACACACCCCAAAGCCCCCUGUCUGACUGCCUUGGAUACCAUGGGAAAGGCUACCUGCACCCUCACCUAUGGCAAACUUUGGAGUCGGAGUUUAAAACUAGCUUAUACUCUACUUAAUAAACUGACUAGUAAGAAUGAACCACUACUUAAGCCUGGAGACAGAGUGGCGCUUGUGUUUCCAAAUAGUGACCCUGUGAUGUUCAUGGUUGCCUUUUAUGGGUGUCUUCUGGCGGAGCUGGUUCCUGUCCCUGUAGAAGUGCCAUUAACAAGAAAGGAUGCAGGCAGCCAGCAGGUCGGGUUUCUGCUGGGCAGCUGUGGAGUCACCCUGGCCCUGACCACGGAUGCUUGUCAGAAGGGCCUGCCCAAGGCACAGACAGGAGAGGUGGCAACUUUCAAAGGUUGGCCCCCCCUUGUCUGGCUGGUGAUUGAUGGGAAGCAUCUGACCAAGCCCCCUAAGGACUGGCACCCUCUGGCCCAGGACACAGGUGCUGGGACUGCUUACAUCGAGUAUAAAACCAGCAAAGAAGGCAGCACAGUGGGGGUCACAGUGUCCCAUGCAUCCCUGCUUGCACAGUGCCAGGCUCUGACGCAGGCGUGUGGAUACACAGAAGCUGAAACAUUAACAAAUGUGCUGGACUUCAAAAGGGAUGCUGGUCUGUGGCAUGGAGUGCUAACUAGCGUCAUGAACAGGAUGCACGUGGUCAGCAUCCCCUAUGCACUGAUGAAAGUCAACCCACUCUCCUGGAUUCAGAAAGUGUGCUCCUAUAAAGCCCAGACUGCUCUGGUGAAGUCCCGCGACAUGCACUGGUCUCUGCUGGCACAGCGAGGUCAGAGGGAUGUCAGCCUCAGCUCGCUACGCAUGCUGAUUGUAGCUGAUGGCGCGAACCCAUGGUCGAUAUCCUCCUGUGAUGCCUUCCUUAACGUCUUCCAGUCCAGAGGUCUGAGACCAGAGGUCAUCUGUCCUUGCGCCAGCUCCCCUGAGGCUCUAACAGUCGCCAUCCGCAGGCCACCAGAUCUGGGAGGACCUGCUCCAAGAAAAGCUGUGCUGUCAAUGAAUGGCCUGAGCUAUGGUGUGAUCAGAGUUGACACCGAGGAGAAACUGUCAGUCCUAACUGUUCAGGAUGUUGGCCAGGUGAUGCCUGGAGCUAGUGCCUGUGUAGUGAAGGUAGAAGGCCCCCCUUAUCUUUGUAAAACCGAUGAAGUUGGAGAGAUCUGUGUUGACUCUAUUGCGACUGGGACAGCAUACUAUGGAUUGCUUGGAAUCACAAAGAAUGUGUUUGAGACUGUCCCAGUCACUGAGGGAGGAGUCCCUGUCUCUGAGAGGCCUUUCACCAGGACAGGCCUGCUGGGCUUCAUCGGGCCUGAUAACCUUGUCUUCAUUGUGGGCAAGCUGGAUGGACUGAUGGUUGUGGGAGUUCGCAGACACAACGCAGACGAUGUUGUGGCCACCGCUCUGGCUGUGGAGCCCAUGAAGUUUGUCUACAGAGGCAGGAUCGCUGUGUUCUCUGUGACUGUGCUGCAUGAUGACCGGAUUGUCCUGGUGGCUGAGCAGCGGCCUGAUGCCUCAGAGGAGGACAGCUUCCAGUGGAUGAGUCGUGUACUGCAGGCCAUCGACAGCAUCCACCAGGUGGGUGUGUACUGUCUGGCACUGGUUCCUGCCAACACUUUGCCCAAGGCUCCUCUUGGAGGGAUUCACAUCUCUGAAACCAAACAGCGCUUUCUGGAAGGGACACUUCACCCAUGCAAUGUGCUGAUGUGCCCUCACACCUGUGUCACCAACCUCCCCAAACCACGUCAGAAGCAGCCAGAGGUUGGACCAGCCUCAAUGAUCGUCGGGAACCUGGUUGCUGGGAAGAGAAUUGCACAGGCCUCUGGGAGAGAGCUGGCCCACCUGGAAGACAGUGACCAGGCACGGAAGUUCCUGUUCCUGGCUGAUGUGCUGCAGUGGAGGGCUCACACCACUCCUGACCACCCACUGUUCCUGCUGUUGAAUGCCAAGGGCACAGUCACCAGCACUGCCACCUGUGUCCAACUGCACAAAAGGGCUGAAAGGGUGGCAGCUGCUCUGAUGGAGAAGGGGAGACUGGAUGCAGGGGACCACGUGGCUUUGGUUUACCCCCCAGGCGUGGACCUCAUCGCUGCAUUCUAUGGCUGUCUGUACUGUGGCUGUGUGCCCGUCACUGUGCGGCCCCCACAUCCCCAGAACCUUGGCACCACGCUGCCCACUGUGAAGAUGAUUGUGGAGGUCAGCAAGUCUGCAUGUGUCCUCAGUACACAGGCCAUCACACGGCUGCUCAAAUCCAAGGAAGCAGCCGCCGCUGUGGAUGUCAGGACCUGGCCAACCAUCUUAGAUACAGAUGACAUACCAAAAAAGAAGAUAGCUAGCAUUUUCAGGCCACCCUCUCCAGAUGUGCUUGCGUACUUGGACUUCAGUGUGUCAACCACUGGGAUCUUAGCAGGAGUGAAGAUGUCGCAUGCAGCCACAAGUGCCUUGUGCCGCUCCAUAAAGCUGCAGUGUGAGCUGUACCCCUCGCGGCAGAUCGCCAUCUGCCUGGACCCCUACUGCGGCCUUGGUUUCGCACUGUGGUGUUUGUGCAGUGUCUACUCUGGACAUCAGUCAGUGCUGGUGCCCCCACUGGAGCUGGAGAGCAAUGUGUCCCUGUGGCUAUCAGCCGUCAGUCAGUACAAGGCCCGAGUCACCUUCUGCUCCUAUUCAGUGAUGGAGAUGUGCACCAAAGGCCUGGGUGCACAGACAAGUGCCCUCCGGAUGAAGGGGGUGAAUCUGUCCUGUGUGCGUACAUGCAUGGUGGUGGCUGAGGAGCGGCCCCGGAUUGCACUGACGCAGUCUUUUUCCAAGCUGUUCAAGGACCUGGGCCUCCCUGCACGUGCUGUGAGCACCACCUUUGGGUGCAGGGUCAAUGUAGCCAUCUGUCUCCAGGGCACAGCUGGUCCAGACCCAACGACUGUCUAUGUGGACAUGCGAGCUCUGCGUCAUGAUAGGGUACGUUUGGUAGAACGGGGUUCUCCGCAUAGCCUGCCGUUGAUGGAGUCUGGAAAGAUCCUCCCUGGGGUGAAGGUCAUCAUCGCGCACACUGAGACCAAAGGGCCCCUUGGAGACUCACACCUGGGUGAGAUCUGGGUGAGCAGCCCCCACAAUGCCACUGGGUACUAUACGGUCUAUGGGGAGGAGGCGCUGCAUGCUGACCACUUCAGUGCCAGGCUGAGCUUUGGAGACACCCAGACCAUUUGGGCAAGGACUGGCUACCUUGGCUUCCUUCGCAGGACCGAGCUCACUGAUGCCAGUGGAGAACGACAUGAUGCAUUAUACGUUGUGGGAUCCCUGGAUGAAACGCUCGAGCUGAGAGGCAUGCGGUACCACCCCAUUGACAUCGAGACCUCUGUGAUCCGAGCACACAGGAGCAUUGCUGAGUGUGCUGUGUUCACUUGGACCAACCUGCUGGUGGUGGUGGUGGAGCUGGAUGGGCUGGAACAGGACGCUCUGGACCUGGUGGCACUGGUGACCAACGUGGUGCUCGAGGAGCACUACCUGGUGGUGGGCGUGGUGGUCAUCGUGGAUCCUGGUGUGAUCCCCAUCAACUCUCGUGGCGAGAAGCAGCGCAUGCACUUGCGGGACGGCUUCCUGGCUGACCAGCUGGACCCGAUCUACGUGGCCUACAAUAUGUGAGCAUAGCCAGAUGGCUGAGCAUGGGAGCCAGAGAAGGGCAAGGCAAGGAGGCACUGCUGUCUCUACCCUGGAGGAGGGUACAGACUCCAGCCGGUUACACCUUCCUGUGACUUUAUGGAUCCCUCUCAACAGUUCCUGGCUCUCAUUUUUGAAAACACUUCCUGAAUUAGCUAAAGAAGUAUUUUGUAUCUUCCAAGUACAUUUACAUGAAAGCCAGCAUUUGAACAGAUGGGGUGACUGGGAAGGAAAGGAAGGACUGGCCUGGCACUGUGGGGAGUCAUUGGCACUGUGGCUGUUCCCUGCCAUCCUGCGAACUUGCACUUUUUUUAGGCUAAAGAUAUAGUUCCUGAUUUUUAAAACUCAGUUACUGACUCCUACUUGAAAUGACAGGUUCAUAUGUAGAAUCUAUGCUGGAGAGAACUUGAGACCACAGCACAGCUGCCCUACUUCUGUCCCACAGGCAGAGGCGAGCCCAGCAAGAUUGAUGGAAGCGGGUCACCUCGCCCUCCAAGCUUACCUGCUGCAUUGCAGCCACACACAGCAUUUCCUUUUUUGCCAGUUUCAUUAUUAAAACAGGUGUGACUGGUUGUCUGCAUAUGUUACCACUAACACUCAGUAAGUGCCAUUUUGGACUGUCAAGUUAGAUUCUCUGUUUCAGAAAGAUAAACCAGCAUUUAGUUUAAAAUCAUUUUCCUGUUUGUAACUUCAUGUUUAGUUAAAGUGAUAGAUUUUGUAAUGUCAUAAUACUAAUUCUUCUCAUGGAAGUGUACUGAAUUGUUACUUUUAUUCCAAGUCAGCAGAUCUGGAAGUGUGGGUGGCAGUCAUGCCUUAAGGCCUGUGUGCUGCCUGUGCCUCCAGCACAAGUCAGGUACACUGGGACUCUGUUCUCACUGGGACGGACACAUUAUAAUCUCACUGGCCUUCGCAUUUUGAGUUGUGUGCCUACCUACAAGAUUUGGCCAGACCAUUUCAGUUACUUUAUUCAAACUUGUCUAAUCUAGGUGAUCUAAUAUUAUACUGAACCUAAAUCAAAGAAGAAAAUAUAAAAUCCUUUAAAUACUUCUAAGAAUUUAAAGUCAAGCACGAAUCUAAAAGGUUAUUUUUAUAUAGCUAUUAAAGAAUAUGUUAUGAAGGUGUUGGGUUUUGGGGAGUUUGAGGAUGGGGAAGUUAUGAACCAUGCAUGCUUCAGAGAAACAACCAGGUUUUGGGGAAAUUAGCCUGGAUCAGUGCCUAACAAGCUGUUACCAUUUCUCCAGUGAGUCCAGCCACCUGGGCAUACUCUCAGAUCUUGCUGUUGUUUGGCUCAGAUAGCACUGUGAGUAGCAGCCCUGUUUGCCCAUGAUGUUGAACUGCUGUGAAGUAUGUUUUGACGCACUGAAAUUCUAACAAUCCUGUUGUAAUUAUGUACAGAACCCAUGUAACUUACUGUGUGGCACCCAGAGGUUCCAGCAGUGGGGUAAUA